GCAAGUAAUAACACUAUUAAGAUAAUGUUUUAUUUACCGCUCGCAUUAUACGCGUUAACGUUGCAAUGCAGUUGGCUGUGAUCUCGCCGAACGUUAUCAAAGUGUCAUUUUAGGGUGCAUUAAACAAACAUUAAAAAAAAAAAUUGCGGGAAAUGGAUAUCCGGAAAAACAAGUUCACCUAUUUCGCCGGCAUUUCAGCAAACUUGCUUACAUAUGGAAGCGGCCUCGGCUACGGAUGGGCUUCGCCGGCACUUUCGAAACUGAGCGGCCAUGUUGAUCCAGAAAAUAACCCUUUAUCCAGUCCGACCACAGUGACACAAGAAUCCUGGAUAGCAUCCCUAUUGAGCUUAGGUGCCAUGUGCAGCCCGUUUCUCACGGCGUUCCUGUCCGAGAAAAUCGGGCGAAAGAAAACUCUACUCGUUUUCGUGCUACCGACGAUAAUAUCCCACCUGAUUUUGAUAUUCGCCAAGCGGGUCGUGGACUUCUACGUGGCUCGAUUUCUUAUCGGGCUUAGUACGGGAUGCGCAAUCACUAUAGUCCCCCUGUACUCAGCGGAAAUAUCCCAGAAACACAAUAGGGGAGCGAUAGGAGCCUUGGUCAUAGUGAUGCUAGCUUCCGGACACUUCACUGCCAGCGUGGUCGCUCCGUACGUCACUAUACGAACAUUCAGCGCGCUCGCCUUAAUCCCUAGCGGUUUGUUCCUGAUCGUUUUCGGCAUUUUCGUGCCGGAGUCGCCAUACUUUUAUAUAUUAAUGGACGAUAAGCGCGGCGCCAAACUCAGCCUCGAAAAGCUGAGAGGAACGGAAAACGUCGGUGAAGAACUCGGCGAGAUAGUCAAGAGCGUGGAGGAAUUGAAAUCGUCCGAGCGGGACAAUCUGCGAGAACUGUUCACCUCCAGCUAUUGCCUGAGGUGUCUGUUUUGGUCCGUAGCGCUUAUAUUCUUCCAACAGCUCACCGGACUGAUCUACAUCGUCAACUACACCCAGAAAAUCUUCGAAUCGGCGCAUACGCCGAUAAGCGAGGAAAUCGCUGUCAUGUUGGUGACUCUGGUGCAAAUCACGUCCAUUCUGGUGUCUACCCAAAUCCUAGACAGAGUUCCGCGUAGAAAACUGGCGCUUUUGUCCUUGACCUCGAUCCUCGUCAUCACCACCACUAUGGGAACUUAUUUCUACAUGCAAAAGCAUCAUUUUAACCUGCUUCACUUCACGUGGCUUCCGGUCUUAUGCCUGAUGGUGUUCAUACUGUCCUUCAACAUGGGCAUCUGUCCCAUAUCGUACAUCUUCCCGGGGGAAAUCUUCCAGCCGAACGUCAAAUCGCUGGGGGUGAACUUGGUGAUGUGCGUCGGGCUCUUCUGGGAGUUCGCCGUUGCCAGUUUUCUGCCAGCGUUGUCGAAUAGGUUCGGCUUCGACGUUCCGUUUUGGGUGUUUACGGGCGCCACGUGUUUCGGUAUCGCGUUCGUGGGGUUUUCGAUGCCCGAAACCGGGGGCAAGAGUUUUUUGGAAAUCAACGAGUCUCUGAGAUACAAAGAAUGAAAAUGACGAACAACGUAUUGCACGGCGGUCCGCAGCACACUUACCUUGGCCAAAAUAAUUUAUUAACAUUUUUGAUUGUGAAUCGAAUCGAAUAACGGCCGAACGGCUUGAGCUCCUUAUAAAGAUAACUAGAAGGCUGCGUUUCAGCUACAUACAGCUAUACCAUAUUCAAAAAUGUUAGCAAAGUGAAAAUGCACAACUAUAUCUAAACCGUAGAGCAAUCAAGGCUUGCCUGGUAUUUUUUUUUAAUUUUUGAACAUUUUGUUUUUGUUAUUUAUGUAUAGGGUUUUCCAAUUAUAGAUAAAAAUCUAAAAGGCCCUGAAAAUUGUUUAUUUUCAGAGUAAAUUAUUCGCCGUAAAUCAAAAUUCCUAAAAAAUAUGGCCAAUUAGUUUAUAUGGUAUUGUACAAUGCAUCAGGAGCUACAAUUUUUGUGUUUACGGUUUCGAUCUAUCGCAAACACAGUUCGAGAUACAUUGGAUUUUGGCUUAUCGAUGUACAAGCUUAAACGAGACCAAAAUAAAUUUUGGAUUCCUUAUUUGCUGAUCCCCUCGCUUGCCAGAUUUUUAAUUGAAUUUUGUAAGAAAUGUGCACAAAAAAUCUUAUCCAGCAAUGCAAGGGGCUUACACCAUAACCAUACACCAAAAUGAUUCAAACCCAAGUGUAAAUCAAAAUGUUUGGUAUUCUUGAAGAUCUUUAAUUUCCUUAUCUAGACAUUCUUUCCCAUUCUUUGAUUUAUUCCAGUUUCAACGGUCCACUAGUCGCACUUUCUCCCACUUGGCGGCCAGAUUAACGCAAAAUAUUUGCCAACAGUGGAUGGCUUUGCAAAUGCUUUUUCUUCAAAACACCAAACAUUAUAGAGUCCUGAUUCUUGAACCCGUAGCGACAGAAAAAAAAAAGUUUUUUCUGCGAUGUUUGCAUUUGAUAGCAAAAAAAAGGUACGCAGCCAAAAAGUAAAAAUAUAAGAGAACCAAAAGACAUUAACGUCAGAAUUAUCACUUUUAAUUAAAUUUUAAAAUACGCUCUUCUAAAAAUUUUCAUAACGUUAUCCAUCUGUUUUUGUUUGUGGUGAAUUCAUUAAAGUUAGAAGUAAAAAAAAUGCUUUUUAACCUAAAAAGCAGUAACAAGAAUCAAAAUUAGGUACCACGCUUUGCCUGCAUUAAUCGUAGAAACAUUUUGGAAUAUAAUAAACCGAAAUUUAACAUUUUUAAAAAUGUCGACCAAAUUUAUGUUACUGCUAGCUCGGUAUAGGGGAGAGAACCUAGUGAUCAAGUGAUCAAAGUUUCCCGCCAUAACUCAAAGCGAAAUAGGUUUAUUUUCGAAAAACUUGCUUCAACAACAAAAACCGCGAAAACCCACAGCGCGAAGAACAACGAAGUCUGAUUCGUGCAUAUCGAUAGCAACUGGGAGAAUAUUGAUAAAAAAUAUAAUAAUAAAAAUAAUAUUUAUUGACUACUUCAUUACUAAUCA